AUGAACAAGACAGACAGUGCCACCGUCCUCGACCUUUCUGCAUGGCCUACGGCCGAGAAAUUCGUCUCUCGAUGCCGAGAAUUCCUAAGUGAAGUGCAGGACUUGACACCUGGGAAAGAUCUAGAAGAGAGACUGAACAGAGAAUAUGGCCCGGGGAAUAAGUUUUAUGAAGAUUUCUGCACCUAUAUAAAGCAGGGCCUAGUGGAGGGUUGGGUGGCCCAGACAGAGAUCGACGGGCCAAAGUACCGACGUGGCAAGAUAGCUCUCCCCUCAGAGGAAACGCGAUACUUUAGUAUCACGACUGUCUACAUGGAGAGUAAGGAAGAGUACACUGGGCAGUACCAUGCUCAUCCUUACGGGGAGAUCAACUGCGUUAUUCAGCUCGACGCCACCGCCGAGCUGAAGGGCAUGCAAGGUUGGCAGGGCGCAGGCUGGACGUCGCCAGGUCCCGGGACGCACCACUACCCCGAGGUCAGAAAGGGGGCUCUAGUUGCGUUAUUCUUCCUUCCAGCUGGCCGCAUCUCAUACAAUGCUACGCCAGGCAUGCCGCAGCCGUUGUCUACGUGA